AUAUCAUUCGCUUUUUAGUGAUUCAUUAAAAAAAGCUACAGCCUUACAUAUAAAUUAUUUAGGGUGGGAAUGCUGGUACUGCUUUACGGAGCUAAUGUGAAACUUUUUCUUUUUAAUCUGAAGCGGUUUUGUAUUUGAAUAAAUCUCGAGCUAGCUAGCUAGCUAGCUAAUUCACUCAUUCACCAAACUAGCUAGCAUGCUAACACGGUCAGGACCUGCACGAGCACAUGAAAUGCAUGAUCUGAUGUUUGACUCUGUUUGAGAUCCUGAAGACCUGCUGCUGAAAUGGCCAGCGUCGUUGAGAAAGAGGAAGCUCGGGCCGAGUUGGACUCGAUCGAAGCGGAGCUGGAGUUGCUGGAGCUGCAGAUCUCCGAGCUCCUGGAGAAGCAGGCCUCUCUAACCUCCAGGAAAAACAAACUCCUGAAGAUUCUUGGUGGCUCGUGCGACCCUGCUCAGCCCUCCGGAUCCACGAAGCCGUCCAAACCCGCCUUCGGCAAAAAAGACCUGCAGCACUACGAGGAGUCAGAUUUCUCGUGGUCAAAAGAGGUUGAGCAGGAACUGGUGAACGUGUUCAAACUCCCCAAGUUCCGACCGCUUCAGCGAGCCGCCAUCAACCUCAGCAUGUCCGGGAGAGAUCUCUUUUUGGUGAUGCCUACAGGCCGCGGCAAGAGCUUGUGCUACCAGCUACCGGCUGUCUGUUCUAAAGGUUUCACGCUGGUCAUCGCUCCGUUGGUGUCUCUGAUGGAGGAUCAGCUCAUGUAUCUGAAGUCCAUUAACGUCCCUGCUGUAACUCUUAAUGCUUCUAGUUCAAAGGAGGAUUCUAAAUACGUCAUGGCAGGCAUGAUUGAUAAAAACAGCCCCUUCAAACUGCUCUACGUCACUCCGGAGAAGAUUGCCAAGAGCAAACUGCUGAUGUCUAAACUGGAGAAAGCUUACAAUAUGGGUCUGCUGGAGCGCAUUGCUGUGGACGAAGUUCACUGCUGCAGUCAGUGGGGUCAUGACUUCAGACCAGAUUACAAGCUCCUGGGCAUUCUCAAACGUCAGUUCCCUAAAGUCCCACUGAUCGGGCUGACCGCCACGGCAACCAGCAGCGUUCUGAAAGACUGCCAGAAGAUCCUUUGUGUUCAGGAUCCCGUCACACUUACAGCACCUUUUAACAGGCCUAACCUCUAUUAUGAGGUUCGGUUUAAAGACAGCGAAGGCUCGACUAAAGAAAUUGCAGCGCUGAUUAAAGGAAGAUACAAGAACCAGUCAGGAAUAGUGUACGUGUUCUCGCAGAAAGAUGCAGAGAUGGUGUCUACAGACCUGCAGCAGGGAGGCAUCCUGGCCCAGCCGUACCACGCAAACAUGGAGCCUUCACAUAAGACCCUGGUGCAUCAUCAGUGGUCUAGCAAAAAGAUUCAGCAGUUGUCUCGUGGAGACGAAGCGUUUCAUUUGAUUAGCUCUAUUAGUGUUCAGCUCAACUCGAUCCUUUACGGUACAUCCCUCGCAUUGACUCAGGAAGUGGUGGUUGUUGCUACGGUGGCGUUUGGAAUGGGCAUUGACAAAGCAGAUGUGAGGUUUGUUAUCCACCAUACCAUCAGCAAGUCCAUGGAGAACUAUUAUCAGGAGAGCGGACGUGCAGGGAGAGAUGACGGUCCAGCAGACUGCGUUGUGUUCUAUGGGUUUGCCGAUAUUUUCAGGAUCAGCACCAUGGUUGUGAUGGAGAACACCGGCCAGCAGAAGCUUCAGAAUAUGGUGGCUUAUUGUCAGAACGUGGACAGGUGUCGGCGUGCCGUGAUGGCGGUUCAUUUUGAUGAAGUUUGGGACGAUGAAGAAUGCAAACAGACUUGUGAUGUCUGUCGCCAUGGCAACGACUACAUCACCAUGGACAUCACCAAGCACGCACGCGAGGUGGUGGACAUCGUAGAGUUGGCCGCGUCUCUGGACGAGAAGAUGACCCCUCUGAAGGUGUGCGAUACCUGGAUGGGGAAAGGCAGCGCCAAGAUCCGUAAAAUGGCCAAGGUCACGACCCUGUCACGCCUGGAGGUGGAGUCCAUCAUCGUUCAUCUCUUACUCCACGGCUACUUCAGCGAAGAUUUCAGCUUCACGCCGUACACGACGUACUUUUACCUGAAAGCAGGACGUAAAGCUGGCUUACUGAAGAGUGAGAGCCACACUGUAACGAUGAAGAUGAGGAGGAAGGUGUCUACAUCCAGCUCAAGUAUUGACCAAUCAGCUGCUGAGCUCCAGGAAGAAACUUGCGGAUGCUCGAAGGACGUCAAUACUGAUCAAAGUGCAAAUGGAAAUUUAAUCAAAGCGAACACCGACCCACCGAACCCGGAGAGGAGACUUUCCACAAAUCAGGAAGACUCCAGCUCUUUACAAGCACCUGAAAGUAGCCAGCCGUGUGUAAUCGAAGUGAAUGUAGAAGUGACGGUUCAGGAACAGACAGGCGUCGCUAGAAACGUCGUCCAAGAUCUUAAUAGAAUGACUAAACGACAAUUGGUGCCAUCUAAAAGAAGACGACCGCCGUUUUCACCUCCGUCUUCCAAAUUGGUCCUGGCCAGCUGUCCAUCGGAGACCUCCAUCGUUUCUGCGGCAGCCCUGGAAGAGCUGUGCGACCUUCGCAGCUACUACAGCAAACAGUUGAGGAGGAUAAACUACGCUUCCCACGAGCAGCUGCAGGAGUCCGGUUCAGGAAUGCUGACGUGUAUAAGAGAGCCGCUACGAAGUCUCCGUCUCCCAUCCGGUACCACGAUAGCCAAAAGUGCUAGAAAUUUAUGGACACGUGUUAGUAUGAGAAGGAAACUUAUCCAGAGGUGACCAUACUUACUAAUUUGGUUAUAAAAAUGUCAACAAUUAUGGAAGUCACCUCAUUUUUGAAAACGAUUUGAAACCCCUCGCUUCAGGAAAGUUUGUUUUGUUUUGUUUUGUUGCACUUGUUGAAAAAGAUACCAAUCAGUGUUUAAUUUCUGAUUUAUGUUUUUAAAAAAAAAUGUUUUUGUUUUAUUUAUUCUGGUGUUAAAAAUAUCAAUAUUGAAAUAGAGUAAAAAUAUGAGCACUCUAGUAUAGGUUUAAACCACAGCUUUAUUGAAUUCUGGCUUCUGAUUGGUCAGAGAUUGGUGAUAGAUUUUCUAUAUCUGGCAGUAGUAUAGUAACCGCUCAUUCAUAGGGACUUGUACGGCGGACGCUCCAAAAUAAACAGAUUAAAAGAAUGUGUUUGUAACUUCUGAUUACUGAUUGAGGUUUUCUGUAAGAACACUUGAACAGUAAUAUUCAGAGGUAAAGCUGUAACUUUCGGUCUUCUGGACAGACUUCACUCUUCACGAUUUCUCAGUUGGGUUGUUUUUUUUUGGUCUUAUUCAUUUCAAUAGAGCUUAAAAGGCUUGUGGGGGAACACCUGUUUAUAACUACUAUAACAUAAGUGAUAACAGGAAAUAACUUGUUUCCUGAACAUUCCACAACUUUAAUUGUAACUGUCGUUCUUAAAUAAAUAAAAAUUGUAAAAAAAAAAAAAAUGUCCGUUUGUUUUGCGACGUGUUCUAGGAAAAUAAUCAACUUUGGGGUGGUGACAGAAACUUCGAUUCAUCAUACCACUUCAUCAUUAAUUAUUUUCCUGUAAACACACACCUCCGAGUGUUUUCUUCCUCUUAUACCACAUCAGUUCUCCGACAAUUACAAUUUUUCAUUUAUUGGAAAAUUCCAAGACGUACACUGUUUUAUUAAUAUGAUUAAUAUUAUAUCCUUAACCAAGUGGUUCUGGUUUAUUAGUUUAUUAUUUCCUGCAUUUAAGUGUCAUAUGGUGGCUGUUAUAUGGCUCUGUUGUUUUUGUGUUUUUAAAAAUACCAUCUGUUUACUUAGAAAUUCUCGUUUGUAUACAGAUUCUUUUUAAGAGAGCCCCAUACAAUCCAGAACCUAAUAUUUAUCUACUAUUUAUUUUUACAGGGUUUUUGUUCUUAGUUAACGGUAUUCCCUUUUUUUUUCUUCUUCUUUUUUUUUAAAUAAUGCCCAAUAGGCUACAAUGUUUGUAUUUUGACCAAGAAUAAAGUUUCAGGGUUCAUUGGUACAGA